AGUGACAAUCUCGCCUGUCAUCCAUGUGUCACUGUCAUUGCUUGCAAAAAGUUUGCGGCUUGUUUUCAUAAAAAAAUUACUUUUCAAAGAAAAAACCUUUUCUUACCAGUUCUUUAAUUUUUCCAUAUAUUAAUAACUAAUAACCGUUUUCAGAUAUGUUUCUUACAAGAAGCGAAUACGACCGUGGCGUAAACACCUUCUCUCCCGAAGGGCGUCUCUUUCAAGUGGAAUAUGCCAUAGAAGCCAUUAAGUUAGGUUCAACUGCCAUCGGAAUCAGCACUGCCGAAGGUGUAGUCUUAGCCGUGGAGAAGCGUAUCACUUCCACUCUGAUGGAGCCUACCACUAUAGAGAAAAUUGUCGAAGUUGAUAAACAUAUUGGUUGUGCUGUUUCUGGACUUAUUGCUGAUUCUAGAACGAUGAUAGAUAGGGCUCGUAUGGAAUGCCAAAACCACUGGUUCGUUUACAACGAAAACAUGAGUGUAGAAUCUUGUGCUCAGGCUGUCUCAAAUUUGGCCAUUCAAUUUGGAGACUCAGAUGAUGACGGUGCUGCUAUGUCCAGGCCUUUUGGGGUAGCUAUUCUGUUCGCUGGUAUUGACGAAAAGGGACCUCAGCUAUACCAUAUGGAUCCUUCAGGUACUUUUGUCCAGUUUGAUGCAAAAGCGAUCGGUUCAGGUUCAGAGGGGGCACAACAGAGUCUCCAAGAGGUUUAUCAUAAAGGAAUGACCUUGGAGGAGGCCAAAACGUCAGCCUUGACUAUUCUUAAGCAGGUUAUGGAAGAGAAACUAAAUUCAUCUAAUGUGGAGGUGAUGACGAUGACACCGGAUAAAAUGUUUCACAUGUUAAGCAAAGAGCAAGUCGAGGAGAUCGUGUCAAGAUUGAUGCAUGUUGAGCACCCACUGCCUUUGAGUCUCGGACAGAAGGCUUAAGAUAAGAAUAUUUUAGUUGUAACAACUUUUUAAGGAAUACAAAUUUUGCUUUUGUAUGUUUGAAAUAUAAAGGUUUUUUUACUCUU